AUGUGGAAUUAUGCGGAUCGACUACGGAUGUAUAAGAUUCUCAUAACACAAACUAACAAAUAUUUUGUGCAGUUUGGAGCAAAUGGUACAGGCAAUGUACUGUGGGCUCUCACCUUAACUUACGGAAAGCUAUAUAAAACAGGUAGAUUUUCAGACCCUUCCAAUACUUCAGUAUGUGCUUAUGAUGAUGCAUCUCCUGCCUGUAUAGCAUUCAACAGUGGCUGGGGAGGCAUCAACUUCUUUGUGAUUGUUAUGAAUUUCCUUGCUGCAGUAGAAUCAAAGUUUUUGAAGAAUAUAUCAUAUGAGAUACUGCUGCUGUCUCCAGAGAAACACAAGGAUGACUUCUGUUAUUCCAUAGAGGAAUGCAGGAAAUCUUUCCCACAUGCUAUGGAUGCAGCCAAAGAGUUUUAUCAGUAUUUGCAGUCCAUGAAGCCAGCUUCUACUCUCAACAGUGUUUCUGUUUACAACACAAGUGAAGAGAGAGCAACCCUUCUAGUGUGGAAGGCCUAUCAGGCAGCUGUCGAAAUUGGAUUAGCAAAGUUCACUGAUGUGUCCUGGUAUUCUUCAGCACCUGAAAGAAAAUUCGCUAUGGACGUGCCAAUCCUCAUGGAGUUUUGUGAAACCGCAAUAUACCCCACAAAUUAUAAGACUUCAAAAGCCUUUCUUGUGGGUUUCCCAAACAGGCAACUCAAAGAAGGAGAAGAUAAAACUUCAAACACCGACUUCAAAAUGCGGGAAAAAGCAUUUCUUACUUCAGCAAAGUUUAUUUCUAGCCUCAAUAAAAUCACAGGUAUGAUUUUGAAGUAUAAGUGA